UUUGUCAAGGUCUCGAUUUGACUCAAACUAACAGAAAUGGCGGGAAAGUGUGCCGUAACCAUGGCGAUGAUGAGUCUUGUCUUCCUUCUGAGGGACCAGACCGGUGUGUCGUCUGCACCAGCGGAACCUGAAUCAGACGCAAAUCUACAGAGUGAUGAAAGGUUUCUCCGACUCGAGUCCAGUCUGAAGAAUAUACAGGAAACAAUGACUGCAUUCAAGGCAAAUCAACAGAGUAGCCUGACGAAUAUACAGGCAUCAAUGUCUUCAUUCAAGGCUCAGUUUGGUGACCUUCACACACGAGUCCUGGCCCUUGAGAUGAAGCAGAAGGAGAUCCGAGAGGAAGACAGGACGGAGAAUAACGCCUUUCGAGAACAACUGGAUGAGAUGGAAACUACCGUACAACCUAUCGCGGAGUGUGUUCCAUGUACAGCAACUUCUAUUUCCACAGGACUUAUGUCGGAAAUCAUGAGCACCGUGGACAGUCGAUUAGAAGAGUUGAGCGGAGCACAGGGAGAGUCAAGCGGAGCACAGGGAGAGUCAAGCGGAGCACAGGGAGAGUCAAGUGGAGCACAGGGAGAGUCAAGCGGAGCACAGGGAGAGUCAAGCGGUGCACAGGGAGAGUCAAGCGGAGCACAGGGAGAGUCAAGCGGAGCACAGGGAGAGUCAAGCGGAGCACAGGGAGAGUCAAGUGGAGCACAAAGCGAAUCAAGUGAAGAACAUGAAAAUUCAAGCGGAGAACAACUAGAGUCAAAUGGAGGACAGGACGGGUCGAGCCCAGUCAGAGGUACACUUAUCGGUACGGAAGUCUAUAACUGUCAAUAUCAGCCUUUGUGGACGGUGGACCUGGCAGGUACCUACACAGUCAGCCGUGUCAGCAUCCUGAAUAAGGCUGACUGCUGUGAGACAUGUGGACUGUCGACGUUUACCCACGUUCCCCAAAGUGACUGUGGUGAUGUGGACAUAGCAAAUUACGAAGGCGUCACUCUCCAGUUCUGUGCAGACGCUUGCUGCGCAGACACGGCAUGCGUGUCGUUCCAACACAACAUCUGGUCAGGUUGCUAUUUGAAACACACGAUCUGCUCAGCAGGGGAGAAAGUGUACUCGCCAGGUGGACACGUGUACGACCGGCAAGCAGGGACAGGACAAGAGAACUUCAUUGUGCGUGUAAGCCCGAGUGAGACAACCGACCAGAAUGACCAGUGUGGAGAGACUUACGUGGAGACUCCGCUAGAUGGACAGACAAUUGUGGUGCACUGCAACCCGCCGAUGUCCGGUCGCUAUGUGUCCGUACUGGUUAGAACUGUGCCGGGUGGAGGUCUACGGUAUCGCUUAAAACUGUGUAUGGUGGAGGUCUAUGGUACCGGUUAGAACUGUGAAAGGUGGGGGUCUACGGUACCGGUUAAAAUUGUAUGAGGUGGAGGUCUACGGUACCGGUUGAUAUCGUACGAAGUAGAGGUCUACGGCACCGGUUAAAAAUGUGCACCUGUGAGUUAUAGGUCCACGAUUUUGGUAAAAGCUUUGUGAAUUUCUGCGGUAAACCUGUGUGGAGUGAAGAUCUACUGUUCCGGUUCCACUGUAAAGUCGAUUCCUGCGUUACAAGUUAAUACAUGUGUUAGGUGGAGGUACCGUUUAGAAGAUCUGCGACUUAUAUCUGGUUUAUGGCAUGCAGUAGAAAAUGUAGUAUUGUUAGCAUUAUGUCAUUUAUCGCCAUGCAUACGCACCUUUCGAGAUUUACGUGUCAAGGUUUCAGAUGUAGAGUGCGUAAUUCGUUCUAGGGUAACCAUACCAUAUAUAAUGUACUUAUAUUGUAACUGGCGUGUCGCAUGCAAAGUGAGGAUCACAAUGAUUAAAUAUUUUUAUGUAAGUUUAAUAAAAGCUUGAUAUUAUAUGCUGGUGUCUCGAAAUUUGAGUUGUACAACUUAUUUCUGUCUUGAGUCUGCAAACUUAUUGAUAACCUCUCUUGAGUGGGUGCCUAUGCUGCUAUACUGCACUACCACAUGUACAUUGAUGGGUCAUAUUUUCUAAGAACGCAAAUCCUGAGUUCCCCCGCCCCAAAGACCUGAAAUUAGCGAUUUUUGUCAAAAAUGUCUGUCAACAAAUGGUUGCCAUGGCAACACGAAAAAAUUGAAAACUUCUGAAAACUGUUAACUCAAUUUUAGGAAAACUCACGAAAAAUGGCUAAAAAUGGGCUAUUUUUGAGUAUCGGCCAUCCACAAGAUUAGGUCCAUGUUCAGGUCCGGACCUGGAACUAAUCCUCUUGACCUGGACCGGACCUGUACCUGAAUGUUCUGUACCCAUCCUAUCCCUAGUGAUGGCGUUAUUCAAGUACAAUGUAGGUCAAUCAUCGCGCAUUGUGAAAAGUCUUUAUGACGUCACCCUCGAAGCCAUCAUGUCUAUCAGAUAGUAGUUGCUAGGUGGCGUUGUGAUCCCAUUAACACAAUUGUCAGGUGAAUCAAGUACAAGCUUUGCAUCUUUUCUGUCUUUCUUGUUGUACUCUUAAUAUUUCUUGUAUAAUGAUGACUUUAAAAAAGA